AUGAUUAUGGAGCCUGUGGUGCAAAGAGUAGAUGCUAAAUUACAACAGGAUAAACCAUUAAGUGAGCAAGUGGCAGCUGGAGUUCAGCACAAUGAGGAAGAGAAAAAGGUGGAGGUUGAUCAACCACCAAUGUUUGAGGCUAGUGAUGAGCACGGGUUGAAGAGAGGUAUUCUUGGAGAUCUGGGGCCAUCACAAAAGAAAAUCAAGGCUGAAUCUGGGUUGGAACCAUCCAAAGAUGUUUCUCCUCAGGACACUAAGAAUGCACAGGAGAGAGCACAUGCCAAUGAAGAUGAUGGAAAAAAUGUGAUUACACCUAAAGUGGAAACCAAUGAAUCUCAAAGCAUGCCAACAGAUUACUAUAGCAAUGGUAUUCAUGUACAACAUCCACAGCAGCAGUUUCCUCCUCCAGCCCCACUGCAACAGCCAUUUCAACACCAACAUUUUCAACCAUAUCAUAAUUAUAUGCAACAACCACCUCCACCAUCCCAACAAUAUAGUGCACAACAGCCACCUUUGCAGCAAUAUUCUGGACAACAGACAACUCAAAAUCAUCAACAAUAUGGGGAACAGCAACCAACUCAGCAACCAUCGCAGCAAUAUAGUGGGCCACAACAAUCCCAACAGCAACAACCACCUCAACAACAGUAUGGUGGACAACAACCUACUACCCAGCAGUCUUUUGGUGGGGCAUUUGGUCAACAACAGCAUCCAAAUCAGUACCCUCAGUCACCGCAUCCACAGCAUUAUCAAAUGCAUAAUUUACAACAGGAUUAUAUGUCUCAUGCUCAUCAACAGCAGCCCCAGCAACAGCAAAUGCAACAUUUUACAAAUCCACAUCAACAACUUUCUCAGCAAUCACUGCAACAACAGCAGCAGCAGCAACAACAACAGCCACCAUACCCCUUACCUCAAUUUGGUGGAGUUACAAUAACAAGGAAUGAACCUAAACCAGACAAUAGUUAUGAUGUGAAAGCUAAACUUAAAGAAAUGGGUGAAAUUAGUGUGGAAACAGUGAAAAAAACAGACAAGAAAAAAGACAAUGAUAGUGAAGUAACUCCACCUAAAAAGCCAGAUGAGGAAGCAAAUACAGUAGUUGAAAGAAAAGGCAAUAUGAGGAAAAACAUCCGAGAGGUGAUGGAUGAAACGAAGUUAGAUGAGUCUACGCUGGCUGCGCAGAGACAAGAAGUUGAAAGAUUACGACGAGUGCAGGAACAACAACGAUUAAUACGCGAUCUGCAACGACAGGCCAAUCAAGAUCGUGUGAUGUCUUUGUUACAGGGCAAUGAAUUUCCAUUAGAGGGACAAGAAGGUCCAUCAAGUACUAAAAUAGGUAGCACAGUAUUAGUUAGAUUGCCAAACGGACAGCUGAAACCAUCGGCAAAAGUAAUCAGAAAGCCAUUAGAUUUACUUCACACGUCCAAAUCGCCAUCAACGACCAUCGACAUCUCACCGUCGUCGAUAAUCGGCCAGACAAAUCUCACGCCAUCAGUGAGCAUUGCUCCUGUGCCGAAAAGAUUCGAACCGCCGAUUUUAGACGAAUCGGACGAAGAACGAGAUCCGCUCGCUCCGUCACCAAUACCAGAUUCUCACAAUGAACCAGUUGAUGUAAUAGAUUUGUCAUCGGAUAGCGAUGAUGAUUGUAUUGUGGUUUCCGAGACGGAGAAUGACCCGGAAGAGGAUGAGGAUCCUACCAAUUCUGGUAUGCAUACAAAUGACGAGUUCAAUCAGCCGAAUGAAGAGGGCAAGGUUGUUAUCAACGUUGGGCACGCGGAUGACGAGCCGGAUGUAUAUGUGGCACCGCAGAUCUCGCGGAUUAUUAAACCGCAUCAAAUUGGCGGUAUCAGGUUUCUUUAUGAUAAUAUUAUUGAAAGUACGAAGAUGUAUGAUACGUCCACGGGUUUUGGCUGCAUUCUGGCGCAUUCAAUGGGUUUGGGGAAGACGCUACAGGUUGUGACAUUCUCAGAUACGUUUUUACGACACACGUCGGCGAAGACUAUUCUUUGUAUCAUGCCGAUUAAUACGCUACAGAAUUGGUUAGCCGAAUUUAAUAUGUGGUUGCCUACAGAGGAAGAUGCCAAGAAUAGUCCCCUUUUGGUGCAUGGCGAAGUGCGACCGCGAAAUUUUAAUCUUCAUGUGCUCAACGACAGUCACAAAACGCUGGCUGCUCGCGCGAAAGUUAUUCACAAUUGGAACACGUCUGGUGGUGUUUUGCUCAUUGGAUACGAGCAAUAUAGAUUAUUAUCUCUGAAGAGGUGUCCGAAAUCUAGAAGUAAAAAGGCCCAGCAACGAUUAAAUGAUGAUGAUAAAAAUAAACAUCUCUUUGAUGAGGUGCAUGAAGCAUUGGUAACACCAGGGCCUGAUCUUGUUGUCUGUGAUGAGGGACACAGAAUAAAAAAUUCUCAUGCAUCCAUAUCACAAGCUUUAAAACAAAUGCGCACGAAACGAAGAGUUGUGCUCACUGGAUAUCCUCUGCAAAACAAUCUAAUGGAAUAUUGGUGCAUGGUGGACUUUGUCCGACCCAACUACCUCGGCACAAAAACCGAGUUCUGUAACAUGUUUGAACGGCCGAUCCAGAAUGGGCAGUGCAUUGAUUCUACCGAGAAUGAUAUUAAGCUGAUGCGUUAUCGCGCGCACGUCUUGCAUUCUUUGCUGUUGGGUUUUGUCCAACGACGAUCGCAUCGAGUGCUGCAGACGGCGUUGCCUCAAAAAGAAGAAUACGUGCUGCUUGUGCGAAUGACUGAUUUCCAGCGCACGCUGUAUGAGACGUUCAUGAACGAAGUGGUGCGUACACAAACUGUACCCAAUCCAUUGAAAGCAUUUGCCGUGUGUUGCAAAAUUUGGAACCACCCGGAUGUGUUGUACUAUUACUUGAAGAAGCAAGAGAAGGGUGGUGCUGUGGAUAUCGAUCUGGAGGAAGUCACCACCGUCGCCACACCGGCUGUGAAUUCGAAAGUGGCGAAGCCGCGCGUGAAAAAGCAAGGCAAAAAGGAAAAGCCUGCCGCAUCUGUCACGCCAUACAAUUCUAAUAACUCCACCGCCGAAAAUGCAUCUGCAACCACGGGCGCUGCCCCAACAACAACCCAGAAUGCUAAUCCUACACCCGGUAAUGUAUCCUCUCAGCCCAACCUUAAUAACCCUAGCAACAAUUUUAAUCCUGCGCAAAAUCACUAUGCCCCUAAUCCCCAAUCGAUGAUGCCCAACACGAAUAAUUACCCAACGCCAAAUUAUAAUGCGCAAUCCUCGCAAAUGAAUAAUUACCCCGGCAAUUCUAAUCCAAUGGCAGGCGAUUACCGCGCGAGCUUCAAUCAAGCCCGUCCUCCCACGCAGUACGGCGCGACUUCGUCUAAUCAAUACAUGAGCGCGCCCGGCGGCUACGCGAAUCAAAGCAACAAUUAUCCAAUGAAUAAUGAUGCGAGGACUGCGUAUCCGCCUAGGGAGCCGCAUUACAAUCCUAAUGCAUAUAAUACUCACAUGCAUAUGCAACCGCAACACACACAUCCACAUGGACAUCCUACACAACCCCAUCAUCCCCACCAACAACAUUCCUAUCAGAAUAAUCCGAACAAUUAUCCAAAUCCGUAUCCACAUGCUCACAACCAGCAAGGACCGACAUCAGGCCCGGGGCCUGGACCUGGGCCCUCGAAUCAAUACAAUGCGAUGCAACCGUAUAAUUCAAACCAAUCAGGCUAUCAAAACUAUCAACACGGCUAUCCCAACUAUCAAAAUCAAAACUAUUGGAAUUCUCCACAGCAACAACAGCCCUAUCAGCAGCAGGAAGUGAAAACGGAGCCGUAUUACAACAAUUGCAUGCCAUACGACUCCAACAAUCAAUGGAUUAAGCAGGAAGAUGUCAAGGUGAAGCAGGAGGUAGACACAAAACCUAAGAUUAACAUUUUAAGCGACAUCUGCAUUUCCAACACUUUCGAUGGACGCGGACCAGUUGCACCUGAGAAAAAGAUUAACAUUUUGAGUGAUAUUAAAUUAGAACCGAAGUCGGAGUCGAUUGACAUCUCCGACGAUGUGAAGAAGGAGAGCAGCCAAGAUGAUCAAAAGAAAAAUGACAGUUUAGAUAUUAAGGUAGAGAAGACCGACUUAGAUGACGAUGUUAAAUUAUUGAGUCCUGUAAAAGUUGCCAAAGAAGAUACGGGCAUUCCGUACGAUUGGGCCAUCGAGUUAUUAAAGGAUUAUGUGCCCGGGUUUAUUGAAAACUCUGCCAAAAUGGAGAUUUUGUUUUCCAUCGUCAGAGAAAGUUUGGCUCUCGGCGAUCGUCUACUAGUUUUUAGCCAAUCUCUUAUUACCCUUGAUUUAGUUGAACAAUUUCUUCAAAUGAACAUUGUUCCAGGGGACACAGUUAAAUGGGCUAAAAACACUAGUUACUACAGGUUGGAUGGAUCGACUACUGCACUUGAGCGAGAGAAACUUAUCAACGAAUUCAAUUCAAAUUCGAAGGUGUAUCUUUUCUUGGUUUCAACAAGAGCUGGUUCACUCGGUAUUAAUCUGAUCGGUGCCAACAGGGUGGUUGUGUUGGAUGCAUCUUGGAAUCCGUGCCACGACACGCAGGCUGUGUGCCGAGUUUAUCGGUAUGGACAACGGAAGCCUUGCUUUGUCUACCGAUUGGUGGUAGAUAACUGCUUGGAAAAGAAAAUUUACGAUCGCCAAAUCAACAAACAAGGUAUGUCUGAUCGAGUGGUGGAUGAAUGUAAUCCUGAUGCACAUCUUACAAUGAAAGACGUAACUACGCUGUGCUGGGACGACGACAGGGAAACGGAAGAAAAAGAUUGGUCGUAUUGCAAAGACAAAUACAUCGACGUAGUGCUGCAAAAAGUACUGGCUAAGCACGGAAAGAGUUUCAAUAAAGAACCUUUCCAACACGAGUCUUUGCUAAUUGAUAGAAAGGAUAAACAAUUGUCAUCACUGGAAAAACGAAUGGCGAAACGUGGCUACGAACGCGAAAAGCAGGCUGCCCGUCAGCCGAACUAUAGUGCAGGUACUGGCGUAAGACACAGGCCGGUUGCUUCUGUGCGCCCGAUGCAGCAAGCUGGUGAGCCACGAUUAUCUAAGUGGAUACCGGCUGAACACUGGCAGCGCCAAGGUAUGACUGCACAGGAAAUGACACUUCCUUUGGAUGUGGUCAUUCCAACUGUCCAGCCGGAUAAAGGCAAAAUCGUGUUGAAGGCAGGUCAAAAAGUGUUGAUAUUGAAAUCUCCGAAAGGAGUUUAUAUGCAGUUAGAGAGCGGCAAAAUAGUAUCGAUUAAAACUGCAAUCAAGGUGCGUGGAAAGGUGGACGAAGAUUCCAGCAACUCUACAACACCACCAUCACAACCGUCACCAUCUCCACCGCCCAAUAUCCCAUUAACUAUCAAACACUCGCCGUCAGUAUCGGUUACGACUACACCUCCUAAACGUGCUGUCAAACCAUUUGUUCCUACACCGAGAUUGAAUAUACGCGGUCGGGCACCAAUCCCACCUCGAUUGACGCAGCGACCAAUGAAGAAAGUACAAAUGAACAAAGCCCUUCCCGCAGCGGAGGAACACGCCAUCAGCAGCGGCGAUGAUGAGCCUGCGGAUGACAAAAGAUUAAAUUUUCCACAUAGAGAUGGAAUGCCGAAGCAGUCUAGCGUUCGACGCGAUGCUCCACCUCAUCGGGAUGUCUCUAUGCGAGAUGUGCGUCCGGUUAGGCACAUGGCUAAUCAACCACAUUUCAACAACCAUACCAAGCUAAGUGGAAACAAAGGUACCUCAGCAUUACAGCAGUUGGAGAAGUCUACCACAGCGAUUAUUUCCGAAUCGAAACAGCCAUUCCAGGAAACUUUGAACAGUAUUACCAAAUCUUAUCCGGACGAUGAGAUCAAACCAGUGAACAGCCAGCCUAUUACGAUAGACGAUGAGCCGGAGGAGAAAACUAGCCAUCAACCACAACGAGCGUCACAACCGACCCAUCCUCAUCCUCAGACAUCGACCAAACCAAACAUUCCACCUACCUCUGAGUAUGGUAAUCAGUACGGAAGUUACUAUGGAUAUAACAUGCAACCGUAUUCUGCGCACCCGCAUCCUCCACAACCACCAAUUCAUCCGUAUGGUGGAUAUGCUGCACAGACCGCGCCACCUUCGUAUGACAUGAGUGCGUAUCCUCCGCAAUCUACUCAGCCUCACCAAGCGCAGCAUACCCCGCAUGCACCAUCGACGAUACAACAACCCACGUCACAUCCACCUCAACAACCACCAGCACAAAACAGCCAACAGCAGCCGACGUCACAUGUGCAGCAAACAUCCCAAGGUCAAUCGUAUAACUAUGGGGGAUAUCCGCCCCAUAUUUAUUCCACACCUCCUCAAUAUCCUUCGCAGCCAUACGAGUAUCCUGCGCAUGCCCCCCCUCCACCUGCAUCACAACCCCAAACCCAAACUCAGCCCAUGUACAGUACGCCGUACUCUUAUCAACAGUACCCACCUCCUGGACCAGCUGCGCCGCAGCCAGUGUAUUCCACGGCGCCGAAUCCUUCAGUGUAUAGUACCGAUUACCAAUAUGCCAGCGCGCAAGAUGCAAACGCACCACCAUAUUAUCCGCCUCAGACGUGAAUUCCUGUUUCUAAGUGAUUGUAGUGCAAUUUAUUAGACCCAAAUUAAGUAAUUGGUUGGAGCCCACCUUGGUGCGCUUCUUGUAUCUUUAUUUACGUUAUACGAUUCUGAACGGUACUGUCUCUUAGUAUAGCUUGAACGUGUAACCGUUUCGAUGUAUGCACACUUCCAACCAUCGCGUUGGUUAAAUUAUUUAUGUGGAUUUAAAUGAUCUACGAAUAGAUUGAACUGAUUUUAGAUACUUACGUAAUUAUUAUUGGUAUUUAAAAUGCGCAUUUACUCACAAAACAAAUUUAUUCGUGCGAACAAUGCGCAAAUAUUUAUGUGUGUUUGGGAUGACGCUAAACACGAUAAAGUAAUAAGUAAAUCUUUGUAAAUACAAUACUUUCGGUCGUUUUUAUCAUCAAUGUGUACAAACAAUUUUGUGAGAGAACGUUAUGUUAUUCAAGAAAGUACGGAAUCUUAUUUGAGUAAAAUUAAAAUAAAUGGAGUACCAAACCA